AUGAGAUGUGAUGAGUUAAAGAUGACAGAGGUCGAUGAAAUUAUGACAGAUGCUGAUUUAGAAGCAGCAUUGGAUGAUUUAAACAAUGAUGAUGGUGAUAUUACAGAAUUACUAAAAUUAAUGAAUGAACAUAGAAUGAUAUCCUGGGAGGAGGCUGAACAGAUUAUGGCUGGUUCUGAGUCAGCUCCAGUCAAGUCAAGUCUUCCUCCACAAACUAGACCAUCCGAACCUGACAAUGAUACGGAUGUUGAUAUGACAAUAUAUAAAUUAAAAAAUAAUGAUCCAAGUCUUAAAUUAAUAAAUCUUAAUAAUAUGAAAAGAACUCCAGUUCCACAGAUUAAACGUAUCUUAGAAGCAAUGACAAACCAUGAGUAUGUUGAGAAACUUCAAUUUGCUAAUAUGGGUUUGUAUGACAAUGACAUCAUUGAAUUGAUAGAUGUUAUUGAAAAUAAUACAAAUUUAAAAUGUAUAAAUUUGGAGACAAACUACCUAAGUGGUGAAUUUUUUACAAAAUUAUUUCAAGCAGCACUUGUUCAUGAAACUUUAGAAGAAGUUAAAGCUGUUAAUCAAGGUGUUAUAUUUAGUACAAUAGCAGAGAAAGAAAUUAUAAAAGCUAUAUUUGCAAAUCAUGGUCUUCUAAAAGUUAGUCUAAAUUUUAGAUUACCUGAAGGGAGGCAUAAAGUUGAACAGGCUACAUUAAGGAAUGGUGAAAUAAGACGUGUUAUGAGACGUAAAGCUGCUGAGGAAGCAAGAAAAAAAGAGGCUUUAGAAAAAGAUAAAAAUGGAGAUAAAAAUGGAAAUACAAAUGAAAAUACAAAAGGAGAUAAAAAUAGUGAUAAUAAUACAAAAAAUAAAGAAAAUGUAGAAAAGAAAUUAACUACAAAAACAAAUGAUAACUCAGCAGCUCCCCGUAUAUUAGGUAGUGAAAUUAAGGAGGAAGACGAUGAUAAUCAACAAAAUAAAAAAAUGGAGAAACCAAUGCCUGUGUACAAAAAAUCAAUAAAACCAAAAUCAUCUCCAUUUUCAAAAUAA